AUGGAUGACUGCAAUCGUAAUGUGACCGAUUGGGAGCUCUGCGUUAUCUGCCAAGAAUCAAACAAGGAAGGACUUCAGUGCCCCGCGGACUCAAGGCGAGCAGAUAAAGGUGCAGGCUAUAAAACACUUGCAGACAAUUUGAAACAGUUUGCUGAUCUGGGUUACAUGCCCAAGGACGUAAAUUUAUCGCGACUAGAUGAAGGCGACGGCAUUGCGGCUGCAUUCUUCAAACAUAGGGCCCGCUAUCACAAAAGUUGCUAUGCUCUUUUUAACUCGACAAAACUGAAAAGAGCCCAAAAAAGAAAAUCUGAAGCCCCAGACGAGCCGCCAGCUGGCGGAAAGUUUACUCGCUCAAAUGCAUUGGCAUACGCAAAGGACACUAGUCCAUCUUGUUUUUUAUGCGAAUCUGAUAAACAACCACUUCAUAGGGUUUCGACCCUUAGUCUCGAUGCUAGAGUUCGGGAAUGCGCAAAUGUACUGAAUGACGAAAAGUUGUUAGCUAAGCUUGGUGGCGAGGAUUUGAUCGCUCUUGAGGCGAGCUACCACGCCUCUUGUCUAUCUAUGCUGUACAGGAGUACAGAAUAUGCAAAAAGAGAUGCCGUGCGAGGAGAUGAAAAGCCACAUCGUCUAGAAGGUAUUGCCAUGGCGGAUCUCGUGAUGUUUAUAGAGGAGUCGCGCACGAAUAGCGGGGGAGAGCUACCUACAUUUAAGCUAGCAGACCUAGCGAAGAUGUAUACCAAUCGCCUGCAGCAGCUAGGGAUGGAGAACACCGCAAGACCAAACAGUUCACGCCUUAAAGAACGUAUAAUUGCUCAGGUUCCUGACCUCCAACCUUACAAUAAGGGACGCGAUGUAUAUUUGGCAUUUGGAGAGGACGUUGGGAAUGCACUUCAAAAGGUCCAUAAAGAAGAUUCUGAUGAUGAGGCCAUACACCUUGCGAAGGCAGCUGCGAUUGUCCGUAAAGACAUACUUACAAAUAAGUAUUCAUUUAAUGGGUCCUUCGAACGAGACUGUCAACUGCGUUCUAUCCCAGCAUCCUUGUUAUCCUUUGUUAACAUGAUCCUGUAUGGUCCAAAUAUCAACGCUGAAGAGGGUAGUUUUUCAAAAGGGCAGGCUGCUCUUACCAUCGCACAGCUAGUACAGUACAAUACUUAUCUCCGUCGCCGUGAAGGAGAUGUUAAGAAGGAAAGGCGAAAUAAAUCUCGAGAGUCUCCAGUUCCAAUCUAUGUUGGAGUAUCUGUACAUGCCAAGACACGCUGCCGUGACCUCGUAGAAAUCUUACAUAAACUUGGAAUCUCUAUUUCAUAUGACAGGGUAUUGAGCACCUCCACGGAUCUUGGAAAUGAAGUGUGUCGCCGCUACUGGCAAGAAGGUGCAGUGUGUCCGUCUAAUCUUCGUCUGGGUCUCUUUACAACAGCUGCCGUGGACAAUAUUGAUCAUAAUCCGAGCUCAACAACAUCAAAAGACUCCUUCCACGGCACAGGCAUUUCUUUGUUCCAGCAUCCAUCGGCAGUUACGCCUGGUACUGAACAAGCACCGAUAAAUAUCGCAACAAAUGCUGAUAGCGAGAAAUCGAUAAAAGAACUGCCAGCGUCAUACACAGAAGUCAUUCCGGUACAAGAAACUACAAGUAAAGCCCAGCCUCCAGCCAACGUAUCAGAGAUGAAGUCGGAUGAAAGCUCAUUUAAUCGCGGCUUUGAAGAUGAAUCCACAUGA